AUGCCAUCGCCUGUGUCCAGCGAUGUCGUCGGUGACCAUGCGUCCAAAGAUUACCCUCUUCCACCCUCUGACCUCACCCCCUUCUCCGGCCCAGCGCUCCCUUCAGACAUCCUCGCCCUCAUUUUCCCCUUAUACGUCACUGCUGCUUGUCCCGGCAGCAAGGCAUUCACCAACCUCCUCUGUCUCAACCGAGAAAUCCACGACGAGAACAUCAACAGGGCGUAUGAGAGGAUUACAUUGACGAAAGAUAAUGUCGACGCGUUCUUCAAACCUUGGUGGGACGGUACGAGAUGGCUGAGUGGAAGGGCAGCGGAGACUACCAAAGCAAGCACCCAGAUGGCCCGUUGA